AUGCCGGGCUCCAGGGCCCCACCAGGAGGGAACAGGACCUAUUUCCCCUUCUUCUCGGACUUCAGGGGCCGCAAUGUGACGGCCCUGCGUGUCGGCGAGACAGCUGCCCUGGCCUCCAUCUUCCUGCUGUCCUUGGCGGGAAACAUCUGGGGCAUCUGCCUGUUGAUGCGGCGGCACCGCCGGCUCUGCGCCGCCAACUGCCUCGUCCUCAACCUCUUCUGCGCCGACCUGCUCUUCAUCACCGCCAUGCCCUUCAUCGCCAUCGUGCGCUGGACCGAGUCCUGGCUGCUGGGCGACGUCGUCUGCCACCUGCUCUUCUAUGUGGUGAGCCUGGGCGGCACGGUCAUCAUCCUCUCCCUCUCGGCCGUCAGCCUGGAGCGCGUCGUCACCAUCGCCCGGCUGCGCCACGCCGCYUUCCGCCGCCGCAAGGUGCUGGCCGCCGCCAUGCUCCUCAUCUGGGGCUUCGCCGCCCUCGCCACCCUCCCGCUCUGCUGCUUCUUCACCGUGGUGCGGCUGCCCGCCGCCGCCGGCCAGGACAUUCAGAUUUGCACCCUGGAUUGGCCCAGCACAGCAGGAGAAAUACUCUGGGAUAUGACCUUUGCCAUUGUUUUCUUUCUAAUACCAGGAUUAAUCAUUGUCAUCAGUUACUCMAAAAUCUUACAGGAAGCAAGCAGAAUUGAGCUGGAGAAUGUCUCAAUCCUUGAGUCAUUCCCAAGGGCAGACUCAGUCUCACUUCAUGAGAACACCCCAUUAUGCUCCUUCUAA